AUGGUGAGAAGAACAGCUUUGAUCAUUGCUGUUUCAUGGCUCUUACUGGUAGCAUUCACAGUCGUUUCUGCCAAUGUAGACAACACAAAGGGUCAUCCCCCAACUUCUAAGCAUAUGGUUUAUUAUCCUCAAGGUGCUGCUGGUUCAUAUGGAAGCCAAUCAUCAAAUGUGGGCAAGUAUGUUGUGGAGAUGGAUGUUGCUCUUAAACUUAAGCAUCACAAGGUUGAAGCAAAGCUCCUCUAA